UUUUUAGCAGUGAAAUCGAGGCUGAAGAAGAUGAGGAUGUGGGGAAGGACAGCAAGCCUGAAACUAAGAAGUAGGGGUGGUUUCGACAAUGUUCCUAAGUAUUGCGGGCAAAGCAAAUCUGGAGAAGUCGGACCUGGAACCAGCUUUGAAAGCUCUCAAGGAUAGGCUUAUGAAGAAGAAUGUGGCCGAGGAGAUAACUGAGAAACUCUCUGAAUCAGUGGCAGCGAGUCUUGAAGGGAAAAAGUUGGCUUCGUUUACAAGGAUAUCUUCAACCGUGCAGAUAGCAAUGGAAGAAGCUCUUGUUCAUAUUUUAACUCCUAGGCGCUCUAUUGACAUAUUGAGGGAUGUGCAUGCUACCAGGGAACAAAAGGAAGCCUUAUAUGUUGUUGUUUUUAUCAGUGUUGAUGGAGUUGGGAAAUCUACUAAUCUAGCCAAGGUUGCCUACUGGCUUCUGCAGCACGAGAUCAAUGUCAUGAUGGCUGCUUGUGACACAUUCCGAUCUGGAGCGGUUGAGCAACUGCGGACUCAUGCGCGAAGGCUCCAGGUAGAACAUUUGAUUUUACAGCCUAUUACCAGGCUAUCUGGCUUCUUUACUCAGAGAGGGUUUGUUUGUUGAAUAAAAUAUGUAAGUAAUACAAGCUGGACC